AUUUUUCAGUAAUUUUUUGUUGCUGUAGACAGUUGGUUAUUGUGGUAGUUGUAAUGUCGCUCGAUUAUAUUUUAAAUUGAGUUCAAUUUAUAAAUUUCUGUUAUGUCGCUGAGUGAUGUAAUGGUCCAGUUUUGAUAGAAUAGCCCGCAUUCUUAAAUUACCUAUUAGUGACUUGUUCUAAUCAGCUGGUAACUUUCGUGCCCACAAAAAUGGAUUCAGAUUUGCACACGAAACAUAACAGAAUAUCUGUCUUCAAAUAUAAAGGAAAAGAUGAAGAUGAAAUGCGAAGAAGACGAAAUGAGGUGACAAUCGAAUUGAGAAAAAACAAAAGGGAUGAAACUCUUCAAAAGAGAAGAAAUGUUCCUACUGUGGAACCAGAAGAUGAUGAUGCGGAGAGGCCCUUUGAGCCCCAUGAUUUGGAACAUUUGGUUCAAGAAGCUCGUAGUAACCAAACCGAUGUUCAAUUAUACGCUGUGCAGUCAGCUCGUAAAAUAUUAUCAGCCGAUAGAAAUCCUCCAAUUGAUGCUCUGAUCAAAAGCGGUAUUUUACCAGUACUGGUUGAAUGCUUACAGAACUACGAAAAUCCGACAUUACAAUUUGAGGCGGCCUGGGCAUUAACUAAUAUUGCUAGUGGUACCACAGAACAAACUCACGCUGUUGUGGAAGCUCAAGCGGUUCCGCUCUUCGUGCAAUUAUUGGUUUCGCCGCAUCAAAACGUUUGUGAACAAGCGGUCUGGGCUUUAGGAAAUAUAAUCGGGGACGGACCUGAUCUGAGAGAUUACGUAAUAAGCCUAGGAGUUGUGCCAAGAUUAUUGGCUUUCUUACGACCAGAAAUUCCAAUUACAUUUUUGCGUAACGUAACAUGGGUUAUUGUUAAUUUAUGCCGGAGUAAAGAUCCUCCACCUCCGAAGCAAACCAUCUCUGAAUUAUUACCAGCUCUCAAAGUUUUAAUUCAUCAUACCGACGUCAACAUUUUAGUCGAUACUGUUUGGGCUCUUAGCUAUUUAACGGACGGAGGUAACGAUCAGAUCCAAAUGGUUAUCGACAGCGGGAUCGUACCUCUUUUGGUUCCAUUACUCUCACAUAAAGAGGUUAAAGUGCAGACAGCUGCUGUUCGGGCUACGGGCAACAUAGUUACUGGUUCUGAUGAUCAAACUCAAGUUGUAUUGAAUUGUAACGCCCUUAGCCAUUUCCCUGGUCUUCUUACUCAUUCUAAAGAAAAAAUUUGCAAAGAAGCUGUGUGGUUCUUAUCUAAUGUAACCGCUGGUAAUCAACAACAAGUGCAAGCGGUAAUCGAUGCUGGAUUAUUACCCGCCAUUAUAUUGAAUUUAGCCAAGGGCGAAUUCCAAACUCAGAAAGAAGCCGCUUGGGCUGUCAGUAAUUUAACAAUAAGUGGUAAUCGAGAUCAAAUAAUGACGUUGAUCGAACACGGCGUUAUCCCUCCAUUAUGUCAUCUUUUGAGUUGCAAAGAUUCGCAAGUUAUUCAAAUCGUUCUGGAUGGCUUAAGUAACAUACUUAAAAUGGCCCAGGGGCAAGUGGAACAGAUAGCUAAUCUUAUCGAGGAAUGCGGAGGUCUAGACAAAAUAGAAUCGUUACAAAGCCACGAAAACGUUGAAAUUUAUAAGUUGGCUUAUGAAAUUAUCGAGCAAUACUUCUCAGAAGAGAGUGGCGCUGAUAACGACGUUGUUGUUGACGGUACAUCUUUCCAAUUUGACCCGGAUGGUACCAUGCCAACAGAUGUCUUCAAAUUUUAACAAAUCUGAUCAACUAGGCGGCAGCAACGUUAUCCUAAAGACACAAUGUUUUAUAGGACGCGAAGAAAAAUACCUCCCCUUUUUUUCUAUAAUAUAUGUAUUAUUCAAAACAAUACCCAUAGCGACGCUUUAACGAGUUGAAAAUGUUACGCAAAAUCUGAUCUAUUUCACGUGAAAUGAAAUCCCUGAAAAACUAUUCAUAUUUAAUCAAUGUACAUUAUUUGGACCGAGGGGACUUGAAAACGAGGGUUAACAAUUUUUGAAAUAAAAACGCUAACACCGUUACGAUUUUGUAUCGUAAUUUCUGUUUUAUUUAGAUGUACGAUGGCUUGUAUCGAAGUUUUAUUUGUAUUUAAAACAUCGUAGAAAGAAUCUGGAAUAAAAAUGAACAUAUUAUUUACGAAGAGUUCCGGAUAAAUUCUUAGUUUUUUUUUUCUAUAAAAGAUAUCGUCUAUAAUAGUGUGGCGGCUCGUGUGUUUCUUUUUAUUACUCGAUUGAUAUGGAAUUUUUAUCAAAGAAGCGAAAUGAAAUUAACGUAUUCUUGCUGUACAUACUAUAAAUUUUUGUCUCUGUAUUGUAUAAGUUAUUUUUACUUGCAUAAACGAUUAGUUAAUUGUGUUAUUUUCGGUAUUGUUUGAGAAGAAAUUUCAACAGUACUAUGUGAUGGCUGUUCCUAUUGUGUUACUUAAAAUCAUCUUCCAAAAUGUAGAGUAUGUUUUGAUGAACAUAGAAACGUCUCGUUUUAGUCUUGUAAUAAGCAUCGACGAGGUGAUGCUUAUCGUAUUAUCGUUUGUAAAAAUGGCUUUAAUUUUAUCCGAUCAUUCUUUUUUUAAUGUGUGUUUUGAUGAGAAAUUCAAUUGUUGUAUAUUUCGGAUUCGAAGAUGAAAGGAAAUCUUUUUUUUUGUUUGUAUUAUAAGUUUCAACGUGGAAAAUUACGGCAAAGUUUUCUUCUUUUUUUCUCUUUUUCUGUGUACCUUUUUUAAUUUUUGUUCGUUGUUGCGGAAAACUAAAAAUGCGCAUUCGAAUCAGUGAGUCGCCACCUAAGUGUAAAUAUUUAAUCGAGAUUAUUUUUAUGUACGUUUAGGAGACGACCAGAUGUAUGUGUUAUAUUAUUUUUCUGCCCAUUUUCAUAUAGAAUGCAUUGCAUCUCUUCUAUUAAGAUCUAUUAUAAUAUUAUUCCUCUUUAAUUUGUUAAAAAGAAUUAUUCGGUAAAAUAAAUAUAAUAUAUGUUUCAUGACUA